AUGUAUACACAAAUAUUCAAGGAAAUUCUCCUUGAUAUGGAUCAUGGCCAACAAGCCAUUAAAGAUUUGGUCACCUUCUGCCAAGAACAAUAUAAAGGUAAUAAAAAAGAACGCAAAAUUAUCGAUGAAUUUCAGCGUACUUAUCAUCCAACAUUGGCGAUAUGGUGGUAUACACGCCAAUGCUUUACAUUUAAGAUGCUUAAUCGAGCAUUACGAACACUUGAUGGUGACAUAAUCAUUAGAAUGGGAUUUUAUUUAUGUGAUGUCCAUCGACAAAUUGAAAAUUUACAUAGCAAACAAAUCAAUGAAUAUCAUGGUAAGACAUUUUCACUUUAUCGGGGGCAGGGAGUAUUGACGGCAGAUUUCGAAAAAAUCGCUAAAAACAAAGGUGGACUUAUUUCGUUUAAUAAUUUUUUAUCCACUAGUAAAAAUCGAGAUGUCUCGCAUUUUUUCGCCGAAAGUAAUUUAGGAGCACCCAAUAUCGUCGGUGUUCUUUUUCAAAUUAUCAUUGAUCCCACAGAGUCAUCAACUCCAUUCGCUUCGAUUCGAGAGCUGAGUGAUUUCGCACAAGAAGAUGAAAUUCUCUUCUCCACGCAUACAGUUUUUCGAAUUGGUGAAGUUCGAAAAAUUGACAAGAACAGUUCACUUUAUGAAGUGGACCUUAAACGUACGGCAGAUGAUGAUCAGCAACUCCGUCAAUUAACCGAUCGUAUACAACAAGAAACAUCGGGUAGCACUGGAUGGCAUCGAAUGGGCAAAUUGCUGCUCAAAAUAGGUCAAUUCGACAAGGCCGAAGAAUUGUAUACCGCAUUACUAGAACAGGCAUCGGACGACAGUGAUAGAUCAUAUAUCCAUAACAUGCUUGGAUGGGUGAAACGUAAUCAAGGACAAUACAAAGAAGCAGUUUCGUUUUACGAAAAAGCACUUGAAAUCGACCGAAAAACUCUACCAGAAGAUCAUCCGUCAUUGGCUGCUACCUACAACAACAUCGGUCUCGCAUAUAACUACUUGGGUGAAUACCCGAAAGCACUUGAAUUUUACGAAAAAGCACAUAAAAUAUUCGAAAAAGCUCUGCCUCCGAAUCAUCCCGAUUUGGCUACUUCCUACAACAACAUUGGUGUAGUGUAUAACACCAUGGGUGACUACUCGAAAACACUGGGAUUUUACGAAAAAGCACUUAAAACAAGAGAAAAAGCUCUGCCUCCGAAUCAUCCUGAUUUGGCUACUUCCUACAACAACAUCGGUGGAGUGUAUAACGACAUGGGUAACUACUCGAAAGCACUUGAAUUUUACGAAAAAGCACUUAAAAUAAGAGAAAAAGCUCUGCCUCCAAAUCAUUCUGAUUUCGCUCAAUCCUACAACAACAUCGGUUCAGUGUAUAACGCCAUGGGUGAUUACUUGAAAGCACUGGAAUUUUACGAAAAAGCACACAAAAUAAAAGAAAAAGCUCUGCCUCCGAAUCAUCCUGAUUUGGCUAUUUCCUACAACAACAUCGGUUCAGUGCAUAACGACAUGGCCGACUACUCGAAAGCACUUGAAUCUCACAAAAAAUCCCUUGAAAUAAGACAAACAUCUCUAGCUGCAAAUCAUCCUGAUUUGGCUUAUCCAUACAAUUGCUUUGGAAUGAUUUAUCGCAGUAUGAAAGAUUAUCCAAGAGCACUUGAGAAUUUUGAAAAGUGUCUCUCAAUAUGGCAAAAAGCCUUACCUGAAAAUCAUCCGGAUCAGGCUUUUGCAUAUAGUAAUAUUGGUGAUGUUCAUCGAUUAAUGGGAGAUUAUGAAAAGGCAUUUUUAUUUCAUCGAAAAGCAUUAAAUAUUCAAGAAAAUGUUCAAUGUAAUCCUUUAGAUUGUGCAUUGGCAUAUAUAAAUUUAGGUGAAACUUAUCGAGAAAUGAAAGAUUAUAUAACAGCAUUGACAUAUUUUCAAAAAGGAUUAGAAAUACGUCAGAAGAAAUUACCAAAAAAUCAUCCUGAUUUAGCUAUUGUAUAUCACAAUAUGGCAAAAUUAUAUUUAUCAACUCGACAAUAUAAUAUGGCAAUGAAAAAUAUUCAACAAACGAUUGAAAUUGCACAAGAAAAAUUACCUUCAACUCAUCCUCAUCUUUCGAACUAUAAAGAAACAUUUGAAAAAAUUCGAAAGAAAAUGUAA